GAGGGGUGACUACAGGAGGGCAGAAUGGAUGACUUUCUCUCCAUUAGUCUGCUGUCUUUGGCAAUGUUGGUGGGAUGUUACGUGGCUGGAAUCAUUCCUUUGGCUGUUAAUUUCUCAGAGGAACGGCUGAAGCUGGUGACUGUGUUGGGUGCUGGUCUUCUCUGUGGAACUGCACUGGCAGUCAUCGUGCCAGAAGGGGUGCAUGCACUUUAUGAAGAGGUUCUGGAGGGAAAACACCACCAAGCCAGUGAAGUGAAGCAGAAUGUGAUUGCAUCAGACAAAGCAGCAGAAAUAUCAGUUGUCCAUGAGCAUGAGCACAGCCACGACCACACACAGCUGCAUGCCUACAUUGGUGUGUCCCUGGUACUGGGCUUCGUUUUCAUGUUGCUCGUGGACCAGAUCGGCAGCUCCCAUGUGCAUUCCACUGACGAUCCAGAAACAGCAAGGCCCAGCAGUUCCAAAAUCACCACCACACUGGGGCUGGUUGUCCAUGCUGCAGCUGAUGGUGUAGCUUUGGGAGCAGCAGCCUCUACUUCACAGACCAGUGUCCAGUUAAUUGUGUUCGUGGCAAUAAUGCUACAUAAGGCUCCAGCAGCAUUUGGGCUGGUUUCCUUCCUGAUGCAUGCUGGCCUGGAGCGGAAUCGAAUCAGAAAGCACUUGCUGGUCUUUGCACUGGCAGCACCAGCCAUGUCCAUGCUGACGUACUUAGGAUUAAGUAAGAGCAGUAAAGAAGCCCUUUCAGAGGUCAAUGCCACUGGAGUGGCCAUGCUUUUCUCUGCCGGGACAUUUCUUUACGUUGCCACCGUCCAUGUCCUCCCUGAGGUGGGUGGAAUGGGGCACAGCCACAGACCUGACACCACUGGAGGGAGAGGCCUCAGCCGCCUUGAGGUGGCAGCCCUGGUUCUGGGUUGCCUCAUACCACUCAUCCUCUCAAUAGGACACCAGCACUAACCAGUCAGGUUCCAGCCUCAGUCCACGGCCAUUGCCAUCGGGGAAGAGCUAGCGUGUGACGCUCCUCACUUCCUCAGUGUCUUGUCUCACCUUGCCCAUCUCCACCCCUGUUCCUAGAGUCCAAGGGAUGAGAGUCAAUCGUGGAAAGUGGGACAGCAUACAGCAGGAACAUCAGAAUUAGACAGACUUUGUGUUGUCUUUUAAAGGGACUUUGAUGUAUUGAGUUUUGAUGUUUCUCUUAACCCUAUUCUCAGGGAAGAUGGAAUUUAGUUUUAAAGAAAAGUGGAGAACUUCAUACAAUGAAAUAGUAAUUAUGAAACUUCAGUGUUCUGUAAUUAAGCUAAAGUUUUUUCCCUUAGUAUAGAGGCUCUGCCACUUUACCCAUUGGUUUUAACAUGGUUCUUACCAUGUAAGACUGGUGCUUUAGCAUCUGUGCCACAGCCUUGAGAGAAGGCGGGAACACCCAUCCCUUAGAUGCUAAAGAUGAUGACAACGAAUUUGAGGUUAGAAUAAGGAAAAUAAGAGCAGGAGAAAAAAGUUGAACUGAACCCAAAAGAAACAUCCACUGAAAGGGGUGUCUAGAGUCAUCAACAGCUCCUUUGCACGUGCCUCCCUAAAUAGAGCCUGCCCUUCCUUCCAGUAGAGCAAUGGAGGUGGGACUGGCUUUUGAAGAGGGGUCUGUUAUCUUAUAGCAUUUUUUAAAAAAGUAUCUUUUGCAGAAUACUUGUCUGUAGCACACUCUUAGUAGCCAGAUUCUGUUCAGGCACAGGAUUUCUGUCAAGAACAGUCUGAUCACAGUGAAAUUAAGGGAUGUUAAAUUUUCCAGGAAUUUGGAUAGUUACUGAUAUCUUGUAGUAACCUUUUUAAAAAGUAACACUAUUACAAAGUAUGUUGUCCUUUUCUUCCUGUCAGUGGUUCUCAACCCUCUGAACACUGCAAUCCUUUAAUACA